AUGUUAAAUUCAAAUAAUGAGGCGCUUCUCAAACAAGUCAACAAAAACCAAACUCUCCUCAUCCAAAAAUUACAAGACGACAUCGAACUCCUCAACGAAGAAAUCGAAGCUUCCAAUCAACAAAUCGACACUCUCAAAUCCGAACAUCAUAUCUCAAUAUCAUAACAAUAAUCCAUCAUUGAAGAUCUCAGAACCGAAUGCUAGAACUAUCAACAAAAGAAUAUGGAACUCCAAUCCAAAUUCACCUAAUCUGUCUUACAAAAUCAAUUGCUUCAAACCAAGUAUGACAAAAAGAACAAAUAAUAUAAAGAUCAAAUCAUCGAACUCAAGCAACAAAUCAAAUUGAGUCAUCUCAAAAACUAGGAUUACCAAAGAGACAUUCUGGAGCUUCGCAAAUCCCUAGAUAAUAACAAACUGGAAAUCUGCUAACUCAUUGACAACUCCACCUUAUUAAACGAAUAAAAUAAAUAGCUAAAAGCUAAUUUGGAUCUUUAAUAAGUUGACUAUGAAAAUAAAAUAGAACAAUAUCAAAACUUAAUUCAAGACAAGGAUGAAGAAAUCACUCUAAUCAUUAAUGAAAACAGUGUGCUCAAUAGAAAUCUAGAAUAAAUGGAAAAAAAUGCCAACCUUUCUGAAAGUCUCCAUUCCCAAAUAUUCACGCUCCAAAAAGACAACCAGAACCUGAUAAUCCAACUAUCAGAUCUCCAAAAUCACAACACUCUUCUAAAAUAAUAGUUGUAAUUGCAAUCUUCAGAAAUACAAGUCUCAUCUUCUUCAUUACAAUUGUAAUUGUAAUCAGCUCCUCAAUAGCCAAGUCAAGAUGUGAUAAAUCGUAACACACAAAAAGAGAUAGUUCCAUUACAAAAAGAGAGUGACAUCCAAGAUCUUCAAUAAACUACUGAAGUCUAAAAUGUUUAGAUAACCUAAUCACAAUCAUUCAACGACGAUCUAUAAUUGCCUUACCAACAAGAAACCAAAAACAUAGAGAAGGACAAUCAAAAUUAGAUCAAUACUCUAAAAUCACAGAUAGCAAAACUUACAGAAGAAUUGAAGGAAUGUGAGUUAAAACAUGUUUAAGUUAAAUAAGUAUAAGAGAGCACCAUAUCAAAAUUAAAUCACGAUGUUAGAUUGUUGGAAUAAAAGAAUGAAGAUUUAAUUUUGCAUAACAACAAACUUAUUAAUGAAAUCAAGUAAAAUGAAUUAAUUCAACAGAAAGAAUCUACCAUUAUCUGCUAGAAGAUCUCAGAAUUUGAAAUUCAAUUACUGGAUUCACACCAUCAAAUUGAGGAUUUGAAUUAAGAAAAAUAAAAAUAAGAACGUGUUGUUGAAAAGAUGAAUAGUUAAAUGUAAGCAUCUAAAUAGAUCCAAUCGAAAUUAGAGGAAGACAUCACUAAAUAUCAAAACUUUCUUAUUUCCCAUCAUAAACAAUUGGAAGCUGUCACUUCUAAUGAAAGUUCUGACUCCAGUGAUUCAAGUGAAGAAACCAUUACAGAAAAACCAUAACAAUUAAAUUUUGAUGCACUCUGUACCAAAUUAACUGAGUAAAUUAGACUCGUCUAACUUAGACUAGAAAUUUAUGAAAAACAAAUUAAACAAUACAAACAAGAACUUCAUUCCAAAACUGUUGAAAUUCAAAAGCUAUUCAGUGAAAACUCAGAUUCUAAUCUCAAAGUCUAAAGAUUAUCAUAAUUGCAACCUAAAUUAGACAAUCAAGAAGCAAUUCUAAAAUAAAAGGAUCUAACCAUUGAAAAUCUUACAUAAUAAAUAGCUAACUAAUAAGCUUAACUAAAUGAAAAUGAAAACAAACUACAAUAAUUGGAGAUAGAAUGUGAAGCAUUGAAUAGAAAAAAUGUUGAACUCUCAAACUUAUAAAAUCAAAUUUGUAUUGAUCAUACUAUCAAAAAUGAUUUUUAGAUUUCAUCUAUUAAAGAGGAACCUAUGCAAAACUUAGAAUUGAUGAGUUCAGAAUUAACAUCAACUUCUAUUUUCGAUCAAAUAUUUUCUAAUAUCAACUAUCAGAUCCUACUAUUUACAGAAGAAAAUACUAAACAAGUUAAAUCAUCAUUAUCAAAUAAGAUUGAUCACUUGGAAAACAAUCUCUUAAGAACUAUAAAUAAAUAUUAAAAAUUAUAAGAGAUAAUAUAAAAGAAUUAUCAUAAUAUUCAAAACCUAAAUGAAUAAUCUUAGUAAACCCUAAUCUAAAAGGAAAACCUCUUUUAAAUAGAAAAUUAAAAACAAUAAAUACAAAAAUAGGCAUUGUUGGAAGAAGUACAUUAACAAACCACCCUUAUAAGUUAAUUAGAAAAUUAAUAGUAGAUUCUAUCACUAUAAUUACAGAAUUUAAAUCAAUAAAAUCAGGAUUAAAAACAAGUAAUCACUCAAUUAUAGCAAUUAGAUGAAAAAAAGAAACCUGAUGAUUUAUAAAAGGGAUCUAAUUAGACUAAGUUAGAGGAAUUAGAAUAAAGAAUUAUAAAUUAUGAAGCAGAUUUGAAGAAAGCAUAAGAAAAGAAUACUUAGUUAGAAGUAUAAGUAAAUGAUUUAAACAAUAAAGUACAAUCUAAACUAAAUACUAUAUACGAAUUGAGACAAGAGUUGGAUGGCCUAAAAAAUAAUUAGACUGGGAUGUAGUCGGACUCAUCUCAAUUAUAACAACAAUAAAAAUAGAUAUUAGAAUUAAUUUCGAAUAAUACAAAUUUAAAUCAAUAGAACUAAGAUGCUUAGCUUAGAUUGAGGGAAAUAGAGUCUUUAAAUUAGGAAUUAUAAGAUAGGUUCAAUUAGUUAUCUAAAUAAGGAGUAAGUUAAAAGGAAACGAUUAAUUAAUUACAACAAUAAAAUUAAAUGGAAGUCAAACAAAAUUUGACUUUGUUGUAACAAAUGGAUCCCUUAUAAAAAUAGAUUGAUCACUUAACAAGAGAUAACAGAAAGUUGUAAUAAUCAAAUAAUGAUUUUGAAAAAGCCUAUGGAAAAUUGCCAACUUAUGGUAGUCCUAGAAAAGUAUAAAAUUAGGAUUAGAGUCAAAUCAAGAAGUUAGAAGAUGAGAUACAACAAAUGUAAUAUAGGUUCUAACAAGAAAUUUAGGAGAAGAAUAUAGAAUAAAAAAAUUUUUAAAAGUAACAUGAAUAGCAAUUAGAAGAAGUUAGAGAGCUCAAGCUGAAUGAAAUAUAAAAAUUAGAAUAAAAUUGUGUCACUUUAAGCAAUUAAUUAAAACAAUAAUAAACAUUGAAUAACGAACUACUGCAAAGUAAUAGUUAGUUUGAAAGGGAUAACAGCAAAUUAAAUGAAGAGCUGGAAAAAUUAAUAAAGUAAUAGAAUUUACAAAAUCAAUCUCAAGAGAUUUUAUAAUAAAAAGAAUAAAUUAAUCAUGAAUGUAAAUAUAUUGAACUUAAUCAAACAAUAGGCAAUUUAUAAAAAAUAAUUGAUGAUUAAAAUUUAUAAUUAUUAAAUUCCAAGAAUCACACACUUGAUCUAGAAAAACAAAUUAAACAUUUUAAAGUAUAAAUUCAACAACUGGUUCAAGAAAAAGAAUACUUAUGCUAAAUUAAAGAUUCUAAUUAAUGUAAUGAAACUUAAACUAAAAAUUAGUAAAAUGAAGAAUUGGAUUCCUAAAAUUAGCCAAUAGAAUAGAAAAAAAAUGAAUAGUUUAUUGUAGAAUAAUUAAAUUAAGAUAAGUUAAUGUUUUAACAAUAAUAAAUAGAAUAAGGAGAAUUUAUAAAUGAAUAGAAAUAAGUCAUAGAAUAUUAGCAAGUUGAAGUUAAUAGGCUAACAAUUAUUGAAUCAGGAUGUGUACAAAAUAUUAGCAAAUUGUAAUCAAACUAGGCUGAAAAAUUAUUGCUAGUUUAAUACUAACAAUUUUUGGUAGAAUUAAAAUAGAAGUAAUAAUAAAUUGAAGGUAAAGAUAUAGAAAUUCAUGAUUUAAAAUAGAAGCUAGAUAACAAUUUAUAAUUAAAUAAUGAAUUAGAAUAAAAUUUAAAGGAUAAAUAAACACUAAUUAUAGCUUUAGAGAACGAAAUAAAAGAACUAGAAUAUGUAAAUCAAACAUAAUUACAGAAGAUUACUGAAUUAAAUGAGGAUUUUUAAAGAUCUUUAGAGUAGGCUAAAGAGCAAAAGUAAACUCUCACUAAUUAAAGUGAAUAGAAUGCAUUAUUAGAGAGCAAGUGCACUUAAAUGGAGCAGAAUGUUAUCAAAAUUGAAACACAAAAUAAUAGUUUAAUAUAAAUAAAUCAGCAGUUAGAAUCAACUUUAGAGCAACAGCAGCAGGUUAAUGCAUAGAUUAUUUAGAAGCAAGAAUAAUCAUUCUAGACACAAUUAGAUAGAUUGAACAUACGGCUUCAGGACCAAUUAGAUUAGGUUAAAUUGCUUCAGCAGGAGAAUGGAGAGUAUAAGUAGGAGAUAGAGAAAAUAAGGAAUGAUUAAAAGCAAUGGGAGAAGAAUAAAUACAAUGAAUUAGUGUAAGUGAAAAUAGAGAGUGAGGGACAAAUAUUAAAAUUGAUGGAUUAGAUUAGUAAGGCAGAAGGGCUGAAUGAAUAGCAUUAAAAUGAGAUUUUAGAAAUGGAUAAUGUAAUUAAGAAAUUAAUAUAAGAGAAGGAUAAGAUUAUAAAUAAUGAUAUGAUUGAAUAAUUGUAAAUAAAAAUAAAAAGUAAGGAAUUUAUUUAAUUUUUAUAGUGAAUGAGGAAUAAAUAGAGAGAUUACUUAUGACUAAUAAGGCCUUAAUGGAGGAGAAUGCUCAUCUUCAAGAGUAGAUUAAGGAUGAUUUAAACUCUAGUUUUUGCAGUAAUGCUUCAUAAAAGUGA